UUUCCUUGGGCUGCUUACAGAAUGUGAUGAGAGUGAAGACGCAGUGGGGAGAAGUGACUGACGCACUGGAGACAGGUACCCGAGAACAAGCAGCAGCUCUCGCAUUAUUCUCUACCAGCGUCUCUCACUCUGGAGCUGGGCUUUGGGUUAACCAGCCGCAAUAUUGCUCACCUCCACAAACACUGAUCACCCAUAAACGCGCACAUACACACGCACGCACACACACACACACACACACACAGAGUCAGCCAAACUGAGAGCGGAAUGCAGCAAAUAUCGCAGUGGCUGCCGAGAAGAAAUACUGGUUCGCCUUUAUAAAUUGCCGGGACUGCAAGAUUCUUCGCUGCUGAUGUGUGUUUGGGAAGAUGGGGACCUUUCCUGUUUCUCUGGGUUGCCUUUUUGUCUUCUGCGCUCAACUGGGGGUUUCAUCCCAAGCGCAAUUCACUGAAUUCCCCGGAAGUGUAACGGCUAGAGAAGGAGACAAUGUGGAAAUGGCUUGUGCAUUCAGAGGCAGCGGCUCCCCGUCCUAUUAUCUGGAGAUCCAGUGGUGGUUCAUUCGAGCUCCCUUGGAGCCGGAGUACAGCCCAGAAAACAGCAAAAUCCAGUUGGACACUUUGCCACAAAGCGAAAUGAUCAACGACGAGACGAAAAUAAGUACAGUGAAAGUGAUGGGUAGUGACAUCUCCCAUAAACUUCAGAUCUCCAAAGUGCGGAAGGAUGACGAAGGGCUCUACGAGUGCCGGGUGACCGACGCCAACAAUGGGGAGCUGCAUGAGUACAAGGCUCGGGGCCGUCUCUACGUGAACACGAGCUAUGCCCGGGCCCUGCAAGCUCUCGAAGCUCCGCCGUUGUCCCUGCACGACGGCAAGGGCUUGCGAAGUCCUCCCGCGGCUGCAGGCCUUCCCAGCGAGCGUCCAGGCCGCCGUUCCCAGAGCAGCAGAGAAACGAACGAAGGGCAGGCAGGGGCAACCUCCAGACCAGCAGCAACAAUCCUCAGGCAGAGCGCCACAUCCACAUCAGGGACGACGAUCGUAGCUGCAAGCGAUGGAUUAGGUGUCCUGCUUCUAUUUUGUGGCUUUGUGAAGGAUGCUUUGCUAUAGUCUUAGUGCUGACUUUUCCACUAUCACUUUCUCUUAAAGCAAAGAGCGAUUGGAUGGUAAAAUCCACGGAAUGGACUGCACAAUCGACUUUAAACCCUUCUGCACCCAAUGCACUGUAAUUCUCUAGAAACGAGAGCCCCCUAGAGAAGAGCAAAGCAGAGAAAUAAAGCACCACUUGACGGCAUUGCUCAGGAGAUUUACUGCAAAUGGAUUUGAUAACGAUAAUGAACAACGCUUGGGGCAAUCCGUGUGCAAGAUUACAAGUGUAGGGGCGUCCUCGGACGCAGUUGUGCACUCGGAGAUCACCGGUGCAACUAAAUCUGUCAACUAACACAUCGCCUCGGUGCGAGACAACUCAACCUGUGUGCAAGGUUUUAACUGCACCAUCUCCACUUUCAUGGUAUCUUAUGCGACCUUUGAAGAUUUAAGAAGUCUUAAAUCCAUCCUAAGUUUCUCUGUAAAUUUGUGCAGGAUUCUCAUUGCAAUAGAGACACCUUCAGGACACGUGCGACCGCGUUCACCAUCUGGAUGUUUCAUUCUUUUCCUGUACUAGUUUGAUAUAACAAUCCGUUGGAAUCUCCUGUAUGUGCAGAAGCGACCUAACACAGAUAAUUUGCUGCUUCUCGGUGUGCUGUCGUUAUUAUCCUUCCCCACAGAGGGCCCAACGCUCUCCUCUGCCAUUUCGAUGCAGUUGUAACACCAGUACUAUUUUAUUUUUACAACUGGUUAAAUCUAAUUUUAAUAAUGCGACACUGUGUGAUCCGUUAUUUUUUCACUUCUAUUAACGUAAUCAAUCAAAGCUCUGGACAAUCUCCCUUUACCGAAAUGCAAGUUGUGUAUCUAAAACAAUUUUCGUACGGUCUGUGAGUGAACGACACAAACAGAAGCUUAUGGUAUAUUGUGAGUGUUUUAUUUUUUAAAAAGAGAAAAUAAGAAAAUAAUUGAGAAUUAUCUUACGAAUCGCGUUGACGUUGACUGGGUUAUGUUUAAUUUCUCUGUAAUAAAAUGUCAUCUUCGUGUAACUCGCCCUCGCCUAAUCCCAACACGGUGAAAAUUAGACUGCAGAGAUGCCAACCGGAUAUAUUAUGUAGAGACUAAAUCACUUGGAAUUAAACAAAAAAAAAUCAA